GGGAGAGGGAGGACGGGUGGGGGUCAAGACGAGAUUGACUUUCCUGCUGUCCCCUCUCUGGCUGCCAAGUCCCACGAGAGGCCCCUUGUUGACUUCAGUGCGGUUUGGAUCAAGCCCUUGAACAUUAAUAAUAAUGACUCAUAAAUCAUCGCUUGCACCACCUGUUUGUCAUGUUUCCGCCCACAAUAACUAUAUCAAGUGUUUUUAUAAGCUGAGCUGGCACGGGUUGUUUGUCACAUCUGGACGGCAUCGUGGGAGUGUGGAUCUGGCCGAGCUGCUGCGUGUGGUUUUUCCUGGCUGGGGGCUGGAAAAGCCACAGAAAUUCCUUCUUUGCGGGCCAAAGCCCGAAAACGCCAUCACCAUCGCGGUGUCGUCGCGGGCGCUUUUCCGCAUGGAGGAGGAGCAGAAGAUUUACAACGAGCAAGGGGUGGAGGCCUACGUGAAAUACCAGCUGGACCACGAAAACGAGCCCUUCCUGCCCGGGGCUGCCUUCCCCUUUGUCAAGGCGCUGGAAGCCGUGAACACGCAGCUGCGUGAGCUCUACCCCGACAGCGAGGAGCUCUUUGACAUCGUCCUCAUGACCAACAACCAUGCCCAGGUUGGGGUUCGCCUGAUCAACAGCAUCAACCACUACGAUCUGUUCAUCGAGAGGUUCUGCAUGACGGGAGGGAACAGCCCCAUCUGUUAUCUCAAGGCCUAUCACACCAACCUCUACCUCUCCUCCGACGCCGAGAAAGUGAGUGGGGCCAUUGAAGAGGGGAUUGCUGCAGCCACCAUCUUCAGCCCCAGUAAAGACCUGGAGGUGUCAGAGAACCAGCUGCGGGUGGCAUUUGAUGGUGACGCCGUGCUCUUCUCGGAUGAGUCGGAGCAGAUUGUGAAAGCUCACGGCUUGGACAUGUUCUUCGAGCAUGAAAAGGCUCACGAGAACAAGCCUCUGGCACAGGGACCCCUGAAGGGCUUCCUGGAGGCCCUGGGGAAGCUGCAGAAGAAGUUCUACUCCAAGGGGCUGAGGAUGGAGUGUCCCAUUCGCACCUACCUGGUGACGGCCAGGAGCGCGGCCAGCUCGGGAGCCCGGGCCCUAAAGACUCUGCGCAGCUGGGGCUUGGAGACGGAUGAAGCUUUGUUCCUGGCCGGGGCUCCCAAGGGGCCGCUGCUGAAGAAGAUCCGUCCCCACAUCUUCUUCGACGACCAGAUGUUCCACGUGGAGGGAGCCAAGGAGCUGGGCACCGUCGCUGCUCACGUCCCCUAUGGCAUCGCCCAGAAGCACAAGAAGCCAGCGCAGGAGAAGCAAACCCCGAACAGCAAGUAGUGAGAGCUGGUCCCACGUCCCCAACGUGCGGCGCGGGCUUCACCCUGUGCACCGCGCUCGGACCUGGGCUGUGAUCUGCAAGGCAGAGAGUGUUUGUCCUGGAAAGUGCGAGGUUGUUCCCAUCGGGAGCCUUGUUGGGGGGCACGGACGGAGGGGGGGGCUGAAGAAACGCUUCCUUUUGCCCCUGUACUCGUUGCAAUGUCGUGGUGUUGCCGUCGUAGGGACAGCCCCACGAGGUGUUGUCCCCGUUCUUCUGCGCUUGCUUCAGGCAAAACCCUCGUGGACUGUUUGUGCCAGGCAGGUUUAACCUAUUGGAGUUUCUUUAAAACCCCAGGUAAUUCCCAAAGCCUUUGAUUUACAAAGCAAAUGUUCAGGCUGGACUGAACUGGAAAGUUGGGAGCACACAAAACCCCUUCUUACAGCUUUUAAACAAAAUGUUCUCCCUUUUAACUAAAAUCAAGCCAUAAGAUCGUUCAUUCACAGCCCCAGCCCCUGCUCCCCAAACCAGAAAACCUUUCACGUCUUUGUCCUUUCACCAACACUUUGUCACCUGAACCGCUUUCCUUUCAUGUACUAAAAUUUAGAAAAAUAGAAACAAACACAUGUAUAUAUAUUUAUAUGUUUAAAAAAAUCACGUUUCCUGCUUGGAGCGUUGGGCCAGCAUGUUGUUGGCUCAGGUUUUUAAAUUUGGGCUUCACAGCUGCAUGAGUUAGCACUUAAAAUAAUCAUCUCAGUGAGGCAUCCAAACCCCAACUCUUGUGUGAGCCAUCCAGGGUCUGCAGACACAUGCCUGGGGCUUGAAUGAAGUUAAAAGCAGGCCCUAAUAUAUUAGGGACAUCAUUUGAAGUCCAUUUAGGUAAAUCUGCAGAGAAUUUCAGCCUGGAGGUUUUAAUUAAAGGAUUCUUUUUCCCCCUUUCUAGACUGAGCCAAUAUGAGAUAAUCUUUUUCUCCUCAUCUUAAAACCUCUGGUGUUUCCUAAAAUAGACGCCUCUGCUAGUGAUGCUGUGAGAGAGGAUUGAAAACCAGGGAAGAUAAAUCAAUUGGAGAGCUCCAAAAUCAGUGUGACAAUCACACUGACAUUACCAUAAAGCCCUGUCCCGAAGGGACAUUUAAAGAUUACUUAGUUCUUAUGGGUUAUUUCCUUUAUUCUUUUUUAAAGGGUGGGGGCUGUACACCCCAUGGUUGGGCAGAAGGGUCGCCCAAUAUUAUCAGAUAGUUUUCUGCAAACCCCAGCUCCAUGGGCUGAAGUUUCCCCAGGUCUGUGUCUGCCUCUGGCUUGACUUUGCAGUGGGGGGUUCAGCUAAAACAGCUCAGCCCUUUCUGACAGCGAGGGGUUAGCGCACUUUUGGUGAAUAUAUAAGCAAGGUAGUGAUGCCUUUGGUGGCUUGGGAGAUGGUUUUCUUAUUGCACUAAAUCCUGCUCUACCAGUGAAAAGCAAAUUGCGCAUUUUUUCCCACCGAACGAUUUCACUUGGACAGACUGUUAUUUGUCACAUCUGGGUGACAAACACCACAGAGGAAGGUCUAAAAUUAGAAGAAAAAAAGUCUUGAAAUAAAUGAAUAUCUCAGCAACACAUCUAUUAAUAUACAGGUUUAUAAAAAGGUCUCGUCUUUUUAAUGUGAACCCCAGAUAUUGGGAUGUGAACUGUAUCUUGGAGACCUUUUUGGCAGCUGGAAGGGGGAUAAGAGCCUGGCCUCCCAGCAGACACCUCCAAGGUGUUUCCUGAAGAUCACGUUGUGGAAGCCCAGCCAAGCUGGGCUCACAGAUGGGCUGCAGCAGGGCCAGCCCGGGAGGUGACGCUGGGGACGUCCCUCCCGCGGAGGGGAUUUUCCCUUUUGCCCUGUUUGCUCUUAUCCACAUGGCUUCCUAUUUAUUUUAUCUUUUCUUCCAUUGCUGCGACUGGCAGACAUGGAUUUGCUGCUUGUGUGUUCUCCUCGUGUGCCCACCCGUGCCGUGCUCUGGGGCCGGGGGAGCGAUGUGGUCCCCAGGACAGGCUGGGCACUGCUCCGGUCCCCAUGGGCUGGUGCGGUUGUGCCUCUUGCGCCGUGCUGGCCAACAACUGGACUUUCCUGCUGUGUGUUGUUGCUGUGGGUUUCACUUCAUUGUCCUCCAGUGUUUUUUCUUGUGAAUGGACUGUCACAUUAAUGAAACCCCUCUGGGUGUUUUUCUGUAAUAAAUGGUGUUGGUCGCA